GUCGUGACAGUGACAGACAGAAUUGAUUUGUUUUGAGGUUGGAAUAAAUUCAUGAAUUUCAGUGUAGAAACGUAAAUUAAUUAAAGAAUAUCUUUGUAACUUUAUAAUAAUGAAAUUCGCCUACCUUUUAUUCAUAUUCCAGACAAUUCAUUAUGCGUUUUGUAUUGACUAUGAUGGAUGGCUAAACAUCAAGAUUGAGCAUACUCUGGCUUGCGGCGGCGGCUACUGCACCCGCGGGAACAUCGGCUUGAAGAGCAUACGGUCGGGCUCUGCCGUCAUUGAUCAAACACCUUUUACCAAACAACACAUAGAUGCCUUAAAAGAACUAGCCGACAGAGACGGGUUCUACACUGUGAGGACAAUAGUGACGUCACCAGACAACAAUGAUUCAGAAUUUCUGUCUUCAGUAAAAGCCAAGACAUUCCUUGAGAAUGGGCUGAAUGAUGUGAUCAGUGUGUGGGUCCUGCCGAGUGGCACUGUCAUGUCUGUCAGCUUCCAAGCCACCAACACAUCAAAACCACUGAAACAGAAGAAUGAACAGUACCACAUCACAUCAAAGUUCUAUCUUCACCAUGUAGAACAAGCUCCUAUACCUGAUACUGCAUCUUACAUCCAGAAACUGGAGAGGGAGAGAGAAGCCAGAGAGAAGGGUGAAGUUAAGGACAACAGAUCUUUCCUAGCCAAAUAUUGGAUGUACAUAGUGCCAAUUGCCAUAUUUGUCAUGAUCUCUGGAGCGACGAACCCGGAGGCAGGUGCACCAGCAGCGCGCUAAACUCUUCAUAUACCAUCUUUAAUAGUAUUGUAACAUUUAUUCUAGUACAAUUAAAUCAAUACAAAUAUAAGGGUA